UUUGGGGGGGGGGACUUCUCCGCCUUCCCCCCCCCCGGCUCCGAGGCGUUUUGGGCCCCCGGGGCGGGUGCGAGCCCGGCCGGGUGCGCGCAACCCCGGCCCCGGGCGCGCAAUGUGAGCGCUGCGCGCACCAUGGCGCGGCACGGAGACCUGGACAGGCUCCUGUGCGACCUGCGCUCCUUCCUGCUCAUCCUGGACCGCGAGAGCCUCAGCGCCGAGGCCAGAGCCAAAAAGAAGUCGGUGGCCGAGCUCCUGCGGCGGCUGCAGAGCCCCCAGUCAGAGGAUGCAGAGUACAUGAGCAUGCGCUGCCUCUCGCCCUCCUCGGGACCCCCCCAGGGCCGGGAUAAUUCGGGAACCAGGACGCAGGAUGCAAGGGGAGGGAGAGCGUGCGAGCACCGCCCGGGCAGCACCCAGAGCCCCCACGGUGGGAGCACCUCACCGAGCACCUCUCCAUCCCCACCACCCGACGACUCCUACGAGGACACCGAACCCUUCGGCCCCGGGGGGCGCGGCGGCUCCGGCGGCGCCGACACCGACAGCAGCCACUACGAGUCCUACGGGGAGGACGAGGACGCUGCGCCCCUGCCCGACCGUGCCCAGGACCGUGCCCACUACCUCCGGCGACCACCGGCCGGCGGCCCCCCCCUUCCAAACGAGCCCCCCGGCCGCCCCGAGGCUCAGCUCUGCGGCUUCCUCUGGAGGAAACGCUGGCUGGGGCGCUGGGCCAAGCAGCUUUUCAUUGUCCGCGAGCACGCGCUGCUGGGUUUCAGGCGUGCCGCGGACCCGCAGCCGGUGCUGGAGCUGGAGCUGAGGGGGUGCCGGGUGGCCUCCAAGGGCACGGGGAGCAAGAAGCUGCCGCGGGCGCUGAAGGUGACGGGGCCGGCGGGCGAGGCGCUGGUCAUCGGCUUCCCCAGCCGGCAGCAGGCGGAGGACUGGAGGAAGGUGAUCGAGGAGGUCAGCAGCAACUCCCCCAGCGGGCUGGCACCCCACAGCCCCCCAGCAUCGCCCCCCAGCAGGCUCAGCAGGGCGCUCCGGCUGGGCUCGAAGGAGGAAGAGGAGCAGGAGGAAGCAUCCCAAAACCCCAGAGAGGACCCUAAAGGAGCAGCAGCAGAGCUUGGACGGAGCCGUGCACGGGCAGCGCCGGAGACCCGCGUCCAGCACCUGCAGCAGCUCCGUGCCCUCGCAGGGAGCGCCGGCUCGCAGCAGGGAUUUCUCCCCAGCCCAGCGCACCCUGACGCUGCCCGAGAGGAAAGGGGCUCGGGAAUGGUUUGGAUUUCCUCAUCGGGAGGAGGAGAGCGUUCCCCAAGCUGGAGGAGAAGGUGGGGACAGAUGGAAAGGGCUCGCAGGGGGAAGAGCAGGAUGAAGGCUGGCUCCGAGAUGAACCUGCUGGCCAUCGGCAAGUCCCUGAGGGGCCACAUCGCCGCCACCGCCAGCUCGGCUGCCUCCGAGCAGGGCUCCUUCCUCUCCCCGCUCCUGAGGCGCACGGCGUCCGCCCGCAGCGCCCUGAAGUGCUCGCCCUCGGCGGGCGUCGUGGAGAAGGGAAAAGUCCUCCAGCAGAGAAAGGAGUGGGAGAUGAAGGCUGCGAAGUGAGCGGCACCGGGGCAGCCCCCGCCACGCCGGGCACCUGGCAGCCCAACCUCGUGCUGCACGUGGAUCGUGCAGGACCAGCCUCCAGUAUCGACGCCGCGCCUACACCCGCCUAUCCAUUUUUGAUCCAUUUUAUAUCAAUUUUAUAUAUCCGCACACGCAAACUCGCCAAAAAUGGGGCUGCAAUUUCUCCGCUGCGGCCGGGGCGCAGAUUUUUCCCAGUUUGCAGCCUCUCCUGUGGGGCUGGUCCAAACUGGGCCCCCCCAGUUCCCCCCCCAGGGACCCCUUCUCGCACGGGUGGACCCCAGGACCGAGCAACGGGGGGGCUACGGAGCACAGGGGGGGCUGCUCGGGGGUCCUGACCCCGCAGUGGGGCCGGGGCUUCGCUCAGUGGCUGCAGCUGCGCCAGGCUGCUUGGAGGCAGCUGUGUUUGUCGUGGCUUGUUUUUAAUCAUGGAAACGUAUUUUUUUAUUAUUUUUAUUAUUUUUGUUUUUUUUUUAAAAGGAUUAAAUAAUCAUAAAACUUGGCUUCUCCCAAAAA